AGCGAGCCAAGCAGAAGCGAGGAGGGAGCACCGAAAUAAUGCGCGCGUGUGGACCGAGCAAGUCGCUGCUAGUGGCGCUGGCGGCGACCGCUCUGGCGGCCUCGGGAACUAACGGAUUCUCGCUGCCUGGCGUGCAGAUGACGACGUACACCAAGGGCGAGACGUUGCCCAUCUUUGUCAACAGCUUGAAAUCGGCCGAGACAUUGUUGCCCAUGGACUACUACAAGUUGCCUUUUUGCCAGCCGGAGAAAAUCGAGUACAAGUCGGAGAAUUUGGGCGAGUACCUGACAGCUAACCGCAUCCAAAACUCUCCGUACGAGAUCAAGUUCCUAGAGGGACAGGAGUGUACUGUACUGUGUAAGCAGGAGUACGACGAGAAGGAUGUCAAAGUGUGGGAGAACAAGAUCAAGGACUCGUAUCGCGUCAACUGGAUCCUGGACAACCUCCCAGCUACGUCCGUGUCUUCCGAGGGCGGUAUGAUGGUGGGUUUCCCUCUGGGAAGCUUUAAUCCCGAGGUGGAAGUAGUGCCGCAACUUAACAACCACGUUAAGAUCCUCGUUGGCUACAAUAACAACCCGCUGGGCACGGCCGAGUCGUCGGAGGACGAGGGACGCAUUGUGGACUUCAAGGUCAUCCCGUACAGCUUCGAGUACGCGGCCAUAGGCUACGAUGAGGCAAACAACCGCAUGAAUUCCUGCGAACACUCGAGCAACCUCAAGCGCCCGCUGUAUGUGCGCAAGAACAAGGACGGCAAGAUGCCUGUGUACUGGACCUACAGUAUCGAAUGGGUACAGGACAACGAGCACGACUGGCGUACGCGAUGGGACGUGUACUUUGACGCAGGCUCGGGCGGUGAUGAGGUCCAUUGGUUCUCUAUCAUCAACGCUCUUGUGAUCGUGCUGUUCCUAAGUGGGAUGGUGGGAAUGAUCCUCAUGCGCAGUCUGCAUCGCGAUAUCAGUCGCUACAACCGCGUACCGACCGAGGAAGAGCGUGCGGAGGAACGGGAGGAGUCGGGAUGGAAGCUCGUGCAUGCUGACGUGUUCCGUCCGCCAUCCAAGAACCCCAUGUUGUUCUGUGUCAUGGUGGGCACAGGCUGCCAGCUACUGGGCAUGGCGUUCGUGACGCUAUUCUUCGCUGCUGUGGGCGUUCUGGCGCCUUCGAACCGCGGCAAACUGGUGAUCGCAUUGCUUGUCUGCUUCGUGCUGCUGGGUACGCUGGCUGGCUUCACGUCGGCUCGCACCUACAAGAUGUUUAAGGGCAAACGCUGGCAGAUGUGCACGGUGCUCACGGCUGUGCUGUUCCCUGGUAUCAUGUUCUCGCUCUUCUUCUUCCUGAAUCUGUUCGUGUGGGGCGCUGGCUCGGACGCUGCUGUGCCGUUCGGCUCGAUUCUGCUGGUCUUUUUCCUCUGGACGGGCAUCUCGGUGCCGCUGGUGUUCGCGGGCGCCUACUUUGGCUUCAGAAACGCUCCGUUCGCGUUCCCCGUGGCGACGAGUAACAUCCCGCGUCCUGUUCCCCCUCAGCCGUGGUAUAUGACGCACUUGUCGGCGGCGGCAGUGGGCGGUGUGUUGCCGUUCGGUGCCAUCUUCGUGGAGCUUUUCUUCGUGCUAUCAGCGCUGUGGACGGACAAGUAUUACUACGUGUUCGGCUUCCUGUUGCUGGCCUUCCUCAUUCUUAUCAACACGUGCGCCGAGAUCACCAUCGUGCUCACCUACUUCCAGCUCUGCGCGGAAGACUACAACUGGUGGUGGCGGUCGUUCUUCGUGUCGGGUGCCUGCGGAGGCUACGUGUUCCUGUACUCGACGUACUACUACUGGACGCGUCUGGAUGUGGGCAACUUCAUCGGCGCUAUGCUCUACUUCGGCUACAUGGCGGUCAUCUCGGGCGCGCUGGCGCUGCUGACGGGCGCUGUGGGCGUCGGCGCCUCGCUGUGGUUCACACGCAAGAUCUACGCGUCCAUCAAGGUCGACUAG